CUUCUUCUUUGUUGAGGAAAGGUCUGAUCUUUUCUUAUAAAGAGAAGAGAUUAGAGAUCCACACACACACAGUACUCAUUAUUACCAUUCACUUUCACUGGCGGCCAACUCCAAAACCCUCCUUUUCUUUUGAAUUCUGAUAUUAUUCUUGACCUGGGUUUUCCUUUGAUGCCAUAUUUGACUCCUUCGUAUUCUAAUGGCUACUUCUACUCCCGAUAAUGAAGUUCCCAAUGCUUCUCCCAUCCCCAAAGAAGUAGAGAAGCCUCCGAUUGAGCCCAUAAGGUUGCCCACUGUUGAGGAAAUUCGCGGCCAAGACAUUUGGAACAACUGUGCUGUUCGUAGUGUCUUUAGUGGAGUCAUGGGUGGCGCUCUUGGGUUGGCCAUGGGUUUGUUUAUAGGUUCUCUAGAUAAUCCUAUAACUCGAGAUGAGAUGAGUGGUAAGCAGCAAUUUGUUUAUCAGGCAAAGCAGAUGGGGCGCAGGAGCUGGAGUUCUGCAAAGGCAUUUGCUGUUAUGGGAUUUGUUUUCUCUGCGGCCGAGUGCGUUAUUGAAAAGGCGCGAGCAAAGCAUGACACAACAAAUACAGUUGUUGCUGGCUGUGUUACUGGGGGUACAAUAUCGGCAAAAGAUUGAGGUUUAUUGAAGUUUAGGAGGCUCCACCUCUUCUUCAUCGAGUUAUGGCCCGUUUUGGAAGUGUAAGAGCUCCAACACACAUACAUAUAUGUUUUUGUAUAAAUAUAUUUUUGAGUUCAAGGCUGUCUUUGGUUUUCCAGGAAAAUAUGUAUUUUCUUAGCAACCAAACAGAGUUAAUAUAGCUGUAAUGGACUAUGAUUAGGGCUUUAUAAUGCGUUCAUGCUCUGAAAACAGUUUGAUGAUGAAUUGUUUCUUGUUUUUCUCAA